AUGACUUCCCCGGCUGGCCCUGCUCUCUCUCACCUUCCUACUCCCCUCAACCUCCCACACUUUAAUGAUGACGACGACGAUGUCUUCGACGACAAGGACGAUGACUUGACCGUCCCCUUGCCUUAUGUGUUUUCCCCAGAUGCCAUCCGGGAAGAGAUGGCCAGGCAUAUUCCAGAGAUGGAGGAGACCUGGGGAGAACACGAAAGCGUAGCAUCCGCUGCUGAAUCCUCUAGCGAUCAGAAUGCAUCUGUGUCGACCCUCAAUAUCGACUCAGACACCCCUCCAGACGGCCAUCCUCUCGAGUCCUCACUGUCUGCCCAUUUCUCUCGAAUAUCCCUAACCACGCCUUCUGAUGAGCACCCACCCCAAAGUCUUUCUAAUUCCGGUGAUGAAUCUCCGUCUAAUGGUCAUCAAAUAUCUGACGAGCACUAUGAUUCUCUCGACACACCUACCCAUCCGCCGCCACAAGAUACACCUCCAACUACACCUCCCCAAACACCCCCGCAGCAUGAUAGAAAUAUAUCAGAACCGUAUCCAUCUAGACUUACACCCCCCACGAGUGCGCCUUUACCUAGAUUGCAUUUGUCAGAAGAUUCACCUCCCACAUCGGCUUCACUAUCCACAUCACAUUCGGCUAGCUCUUUCUCCUCUCUUCCCCCGAUACCACCGGCAUCUGCUGCAGUACCACAUAGUAAUGAACUUCUGACUGAAGCCCCUCGAAAUCCUAAAGCUCGCCGAUCUCUUGGUCCAAGUGUAUUUGAGAAAGUUCGUAGCAAAACUAGGCCCGUCUUCCUACCACCAAAACCUAAGAGUGAAGAUGCAAAACACCUUGCAGACUGGCAAGAAAUGAUGAAACAGAGUCGUUUGAAAGCCGAGAAACGUCGUAAGGCCUUUCAAGAACGUCGACUGGCUCGUGAGAAGGCUAUCGAAGAAAACCUACACAUCUGGGAGCAUGAAAUUCUUCCAGACUGGAGGGUAGUGCACAAAAACGCCCGUUUACGCAAACUAUGGUGGCAAGGUAUUCCAACGAAACUACGAGCACCCUUAUGGGAAAAGGCGGUGGGUAACGAGUUAGCUUUGAGCAAAGAUCAUUACCGCACCUGCUUGUCCCGAGCUAAGCGCGCGCUAACGUCCGGUGUAUUCCCUCAGGCUACACUUGGUAUGAUUGAAGAAGAUAUAUCGACCACCCUUCCUGCGGUGCAUAUCUUCAAUAAAGAAACUGGUCCUAUGUAUCCCGACCUAAAAGACAUGCUCUAUGCAUGGGUUGUGUCGCGUAGCGACGAGGGUCUGGGAUACACAUUCGGCGCUGCGAAGAUUGCCGCAAUGCUGUUGAUCAACAUGCCCUCUCAGCAAGCUUUUAUUGUAAUGCGCAAUCUUUUAGAACGGCAUUGUAUGCGAAGCUUUUUUGGUGGCGAGCGAUCUAAGGACGAUGUGGAAGCAUACUAUAGAAUCUUUGACACAUUGCUCGCUGACGGGAUGCCGAAGAUUUACUUUAACUUCAAGCAACACCAGGUAUCACCCGGUGCCUAUUUGCCAGACUGGGUGAUAUCACUGUUUCUGGACCACUUGCCAUUUGAAGCAUGUGCUCGUAUUUGGGAUGUGUUGAUGCUCGAGGGAGAUUCCUUCCUCUAUAGGGCAUGCCUAGGAAUUCUCGCUGUUUUGGAACCGCGCUUGUUUUUCCCGGACAAGAAAGAAUUACUGGAGCUACUCAAGGGUGAAAAUAAAGCUGCAAUUGAGGUGGCCAAGCGAGAAGGGCGGUCACUGAUCGGUGGAAAGUACGAGAUCUAUGGAGUCGAUGAAGAAACAUUAUGGGAUCGAAUCGAUAGCAUGGAGGAUUGGUGGAAAGAAAGCACUUGGACACGGUUAAUCCAAAGAGAGCUUCCAGAUAUUUAG